AUCACUUUUUUUGUGCCUGCCAGUUGUUCGUCUUUGAAAACUUCGCUAAAUAGAAGCCAAAACUGUGGAUACAAACCGAUCCCCGAUAGAAAUGCGUAAUCCUGCAAGGAAUUGUUAUCGAUCUUUUAGUACUUGAGUGCGUUUUGAUGACAACCCUGGGAAAAAUGCAUAUGCGUCUCUCGGUCCCGGCAAAGGCUGCAAACGCCGGUAGAACCGGGUCCGCCGGAAACAAUCCUCGCCACGCCCCCGUCCGGGUGGUUACGCCCAUCUCGGUGCCCAUCUACGAACUGCCUGAAUACGUUUGCGUGGAGACCAAGUGGGUGACAAGAAGAUACGCAAUGGAGAACAAUUUACCUGUGAAUGGACUACAGGAGGCAACGACAAUGACCAACGGUGGCGUUAAGGAUGGAGCACAAAAACCAGCACAGCAGGACAGGUUAAACGAGGCCACUGGGAUGUUUGCAAGUGAGGCCACAGCUCCUUGCCGGGAACGAGCCAUUCAAACAGAAGAGCGGACCACAAAGGAUGUGGGCAUCCAGUGUCGCCGGGAUUCAGUAGAGUGGAAUCUCCCCGAAGAACAGCCCAAGGAUACUCCAAAUCAAACGCCUUCCUCCAGCCAGGAUGGCAGAUUCCUCACCUAUGUCAGCGAGAAUACCAGCAUGUUUCCCAACGGAAUGCUGGAGUGCCAGAUCUGUGGCGACAUAGCCAACACUUUGCUGGAGCACCAGGCCCACAUGACCGUGCACUUUGGACCCAGUGCUCUGUGCUGCAACUGUGGCCAGCAGCUGGAACACGAGAUCCUCAUAAGUCGCCACAAUCUCAGUUGUCCUGCUUUGGCCCUAAGAAAGUCCUGUAUGCUCUUAAAAUGCCCGCAUCUACUUUGCAAUACCAUGAGUCACUCGGAGAUGCAGUUGCUCCAGCACCUAAAAAUGCAUAGCGGCAAGAAGUGCUUCAGAUGUCUGACGUGCAGACGUUUCUUCAAGUCCACCACCGCGAUUCUAAUUCAUCGAAAAAAGGAGCAGAAAUGUUCUAAGGCGAAACUGCUCACCCUCUUCGGAACUCACAACAAGCUGGGCAAGGGAAAAACAGAUCCCAAACGAUGCUCCGUUUGUAUGAAGCGCUUUAGCAGCGAGAGGAUAUGCUCGAAGCACCGGAGAAAGUGCAUCCUCGGGCACCUCCAACAGCUUUCUAAGACUAUCUUUAAGAAAAUGGCAAAUACAAAUCUUUGACCUAACUGGUAUUUAUUAGCAUAUAGAAAUGGAUAACAAUAAAGCUGAAUGAUCCUACGACGCCUGAA